AUGGCUGAGCAGGACUUGUCAAAGAUACAUAUUACAUUGGACUCCAAGCUCAUAGACGAGCAUGUUGAUGCUUUUCUUCCAGAUGAGUUAGUAUUCAAAGCUCAAUUAGUACCCAGAAUUAUCCAUGAAAGAGGUCCAUUUGUUGAUAUAAAUGAAUCAGAUUUGAUUAAAGAGAUUGCUAGCUUAAAUGCUCAACAAAAUUCUGAUAAUGAUGUUGAUAUGGACCAAGAUGAUCAUGAUAAUUUAGAAGAAACUCCAGAUGACGAUGAUCAAUUGAUUAAUGUUAAUGAAACUUUCACUAAGAAUAAAAUUGAAGCGUUGAAAUUUAUAUCUACUGCAUUAAAUGAAUCUUCAUUGGCUUUGGAUUUCGUUUCGUUAUUGAUUAGUUGUGUUAGACCUGCUGCUGGUACUAUAUCGAUGUCUCAACAUUUAAAAAAAUUUGUCCCACCAGGUUCUUUGAACUCUGAUAUUGUUAAUCAAGUUACAACUCCACAAGAAAGAGAAUUGAGGAUGAAGAAUGAAAAAAUUAUUGGGCAAGGUUGGAAACUAUCAAGUUUAGAAAGUUCUUCAAAUAAAUUAAGAGAUUCAAGUAUAAGAUUAAGUGAAGAAAUUUUAAAAGAAAAGACCUUUUGGGAUACAAUCAAGAAAAAUUUCAAUAAUAAAGAAAUUUUAUACAAGACAAGAGAUAAAUCUACGGGGAAAAGAAUAUUUGCCGUUAAAUAUGGUUAUGAAGAUUCAGGUUCUACAUAUAAAAUCCAAGGGAAUGCAAUACUUAAAACAACAGAUAAUAAUCAUCGUAUAGAUUUUGUUCCAUUAAAUAGUGUAUCAGGUUCAGAAAAGAAAUUAUUAAGAGUGAGAAUCUUGAAAAAACAGAAUAAUGAUGAUGAGUUUACAAUUUUUGGUGAAUCCAAAAUUGAUGAAAAUUUCUCCCAAGAUGAUUCUAUAAGAUCACAAAUCUCUAAAGCUAGAUAUUUUAUAUUUGAAGAAGAAUUAUUUAAUCAAUUAAUUGAGGAAGCUAAUCAUUUAUUAGCUUUUAAUGUUUCAGUGGAAAAUGAAUCAAAAUUUUCAAUAAAUUUAAUUGAUGAAAUUAUUGAAUUUGAAUAUAUCGAAUUUGAUGAAACUAAAUCUCCAAAUGAACAACCAUCCAAUUUUGAUAAAACUGAAAACUCAAGAGCUGAAUUAAUUACAACUUAUUUAAGAUUAAUGCUUACUAUAAAAUAUAAGAAAAAUUUAGAAUCCAAAAGACAACCAUUAGUUGUUAAAAAUUCAAAUCAAUAUAGAUAUCAAACUACGCCAUCUUCAUUAAUAUUACGUCCACUAAUUGGUCAUUUUAAACAUGAACAAAGUUUGAAAAAAAUUCGUCAUUUAAUUAAAGAUUUGAUUUCAAAUGUUGAUAAUUCUUCAUUCAAAAUUUAUAAAUAUUGUAAUAUAAAAAAGAAAGAAUAUGAAACAGAUUCAUUUAAAAGAAUUUCCAAACCACCUUUAUCAAAAUUCAAACUGCUCAUAGGUGAUUCAUUAACAAUUGAAGUUGUGUUAUCUUCAUUAGAUUACCUAAAUCAAAAAAUUCAUAUAUCGGCUCAUAAAAUUGAGGAUUUAUUUGGUGAAGGUAAGAAAAAAUUAAUUGAUGUUGAUUUUGAAGAUUUAAUACAAGUUGAAGAAUGCUUAGAAUGGAUUAUUGAAGAGUAUAAAAAUCAAGAAUAG